AUGGACGCGUUGAAGAAAGAGCUCGAGCGGAAACGCAAAGCGUUCCAAGCCGACUUCGGCAACCGUCGAUUCGUCGCGCGCGGCGAGAUCGAACGGAAGAAAAUCGAGCAGCUGCGGCAGGAGGAGGAGAAGGAACGCGAGCGGAAACGAGCCAAGCAGCAGGCAGCCGACGCGGGAAGCAACGGCGCCGGCACAGCCGCCGGGAAGAGCGGCGGUGCGAGCGCAUCGAAAUCCGUGGCGGUAAUCGCGGGCACGUCAGGGUCAGGGAUCGAUAAGGCGACCGAGGACCGAAUUGACUCGCUAGUUCUCCCGCGCGCGGAGGUAAUUAAGCGGCUCCGCGUGCUCCGGCACCCUAUAACCCUCUUCGGCGAGGACGACGAGGCGCGGCUCGCUCGUUUGAAGCACGUGAUGAAAACGGGGGAGGUAGAUCCGGACGGGGAGCUUUUGGAAGGGCAGCAGAACGAUUUCUUGCGCGAUAUGGCGGAGCUUAAGAAAGGCGGAGGGGCCGGGGGGGGCGCGCGGGGGAAGAAAGACUCGCGGAAGGGGGACGGGGAGAAGAAGGACGGCGGGAAGGGGGAGGACGGGGGGAGGGACGGCGGCGGCGGAGCGGACGGGGGAGGCGGCGCGGAGGGCGAGGGCGAGUCGGAAGAGGAGGAUGACGUGGACUCGGCGCGCAUGCGCGCGAAUUGGGAGGAUCUGUGCGACGAGGAUAAGAUCCUGGUGUUCUUUAAGAAGUUGCUGCGCGAGUGGCAGCACGAGUUAGAGGUGAAACCGGAGGCGGAGCGGCGGACGGUGAAGGGGAAAUCCGCGGUCGCGACUUUCAAGCAGUGCGCGAGAUACAUAGACCCGCUGUUCAUCAUGUGCCGCCGCAAGCAACUGUAUGACGACAUUCAGGCAGCACUGAUGUACAUGGUGGGAAAGUGCAGGGAGAGAGACUAUCUCGCAGCCAUGGAUAAAUACAUCAAGCUUUCCAUCGGCAACGCGCCCUGGCCCAUUGGGGUUACCAUGGUGGGUAUUCACGAGCGGUCUGCCCGCGAAAAAAUUCACGCGAGCUCUGUCGCGCACAUUAUGAACGACGAGACUACCCGGAAAUACCUGCAGUCGGUUAAGAGGCUGAUGACUCUGUGUCAGAGGAGGUAUCCUGCUAUGCCUUCUAAGGCCGUGGAGUUUAACUCGCUCGCGAAUGGGAGUGAUUUAGAGACUCUAUUGCUGGAGGAGGAGAGGAAGGCGGCUGUUGCAGGAGCAGGGGGAGAGGGAGGGGAAGGGAAGGCCGGGGAAGGGAUGAAGUUGCGGAUAACAGCAGCGGGGGAGGAUGGGGGAAAGAGAUGA